AUGACGCGCGAGCUACUUACAGCUAUUCAUGGCAGUGCAAGCGUGACAGCUUCCUUGACGUCCAGCGUUCGCAACUAUAAUUGGGAGCACGGCCGGCGAUAUCAUAGUUUCAAAGAAGGCACUUAUAACUUCCCAAACGACGAGCGAGAACAAGACCGCUAUGACUUGAUGCACGAAGUCUUCGUUGCAGGUAUGGGUGAUAAACUUUACUUCGCCCCAAUAGUCAAUGAACCGUCCAGAGUAUUGGACAUAGGCACCGGCACCGGCGUAUGGGCCAUCCAAUUCGGUGAUAAAUUCCCAACAGCUCAGGUGGUUGGCAACGACUUGAGUCCAAUCCAACCACAAUGGCUACCACCCAACGUGAGCUUUGAGGUCGAUGAUGUUGAAAGUGAUUGGCAAUUUGCAAGGCCUUUCGACUUUAUUCAUGCGCGAUAUAUGGCCGGAGCAAUUGCGGAUUGGCCUAAAUUGAUGCAUCAAUGUUAUGAAAACACAGCGCCAGGCGGCUGGAUAGAAUUCCAAGAUUUCGACCUACGCACCUACACGCAAGAUAACUCUGCCGCCCCUGACAAUAAGGUUGUUGAAUUUUUCAAGCUGAUCACGGAAGCCUGUGAGAAGUUUGGCAGGACCGCCUCUCCAGGGGAAAGUUUGAAGACCUGGGUCGAAGAAGCGGGAUUCGUAAAUGUUCAGGACAAGGUGGUGAAAUUGCCUAUUGCGCCGUGGCCGAAAGAUGAACAACUGAAACGUGUCGGUGCCCUCAACAUGGUUCAGCUGCUCGAGGGCCUCGAGGCUGUCACAAUAGUGCCCUUCACCAAAGUGCUGGGGUGGAGCGUUGAAGAUGUUCACGCCUUCCUGGUUGACGUGCGUCGUGACCUGAAGAAGAAAAGCGUGCACUUACUCCAUGACUUGUGA